AUGGCAGGAGCUACAGAGGAUCCUCGAGAGAUCAGGAGUUUCGAUCCUAAUGAGGUGGUGACUUCUGAUGAGGAAGAAGACUCGAAAAUUCACUGUCAAUUGGAAGAAUUGGAAAAACAAAGAAAGGAUCUCCAGGAACGUUUGCGACUCAAGGCACAACAACGUAAGAGCUUGAGUCAGCUUGUCAGAACAAAAGUGGAAAUUCCUGCUUCCCCGCAAAAAAAACGGGCUCUGCCCGCAGUGGGUGGGACUAGCCUCAAACGGACUGAAGCAGAAAGCAGCUUCAACAAGUUUGAUCUUGGUGCCACCGGUGACGUGCCUGUUGAAGCCCCGCACGCUGGAAAUACCACGUCAUAUUUCGCAGACAAUUUUGCCAACGUGCGCAAAGCAGAGGAACAGAAAGUCCGACAUAAAAGCGAUCUAUUGAACUGUCGUAUUCACACUUUUGCCGGUGUAAAGGACUCUAGACGACGUGAACCAAUACUAGUUGAUGAGAGAGAAAAUCACACUGGGUGCUGGAUUGUGCGUCGCUACGUGCCCGCCAAUGAGCUGGAAGAAACUUUCAGCAACAUCAAGGUUCUCAGGCUACCGAAACUUUUCAGUAAAGUGCGUCCUCCAAAAUUCAGUGAGCCAGAUUAUGCCAAUUGGGUGGCUACCGGAAUAAUCAGCGCCAAGUCUGUGCCAAAGCUGACAUCCGCAUCGAAGCCUGCAAAAUACUUCAAAUUCACACUUACAGACUUUCAGCAUAACCUGGACGUUUAUGUGUUUGGCAACAAGAACGUCGAGAAAUACUAUAAUCUUAGAGUUGGAGAUGUCAUUGCCAUCUUGAAUCCUGAUGUUUUACCGUGGAGACCCACGCAGGUUUCGAAUGACGAGUUCUCGGGAAGUGUUGUCAAAUCCUUCAAUCUAUCCAUCCGACACAACUACGAUUGUAUACUGGAGAUAGGAACAAGCAAACAUCUUGGAUUUUGCCAAAUCCCCAACAGGACCACGGGCAAGCCAUGUGGUGCACCGAUCAAUAAGUCCAGUGUCGACAGAUGCGAGUAUCAUCAAGACGUGAGGUUUCGACAAGUCAAUGCUCAGAGAGUAGAGCUCAAUGGGAGCACACCGCUUCGAUCUCCGACCAAAAACGGAAAACGGCAAGCUCUUUACGGCAAUUCUUCCACUAAAAAAAAGUUCGAGCUUCUACCUGACAAACACGGCGGGCAGGCCCAAGAUCGUGAGACGCAAAACACCUUGUACUUCAGUAAUCCCAAUUAUGCUCGUGCUUUUUUUGAUGAUUCUUACCAAAAUCCUGACUUGCUGAACAACUUGGAAAGUAAGCGCCGAAAGUUACGCGACAGUGAGAAAGAUAAAGCGAUUUUAGCUCAAAUCGAUAAAGCCGUGGGCAAGGGAGAUACAGAGUUAUUCCAGAACAAAGAAAAAAGCGAACAAAUAAGAAUGCAAAAGGCGACCGAGCAGGCCUUGACUAGUGGUUUAAUGAAGGGCAUUGGUUUCGAUCCCACCAAGGGAAAAAUGAAGGACGUGCUGAUUCACAGUCGUCAGGGCAGCAGCAACCUCAAGUCGCCGCAAGUUCAAGAGAUUAUGAAAUUGAAGAAAACACAUGUAGAUCUGACCCCAUCCAAAGAGGACCAAAAGAAAAGGCUACUCAGAAGGGAAAGAAUUUGGAAGGAACAUUUCCAAAAAUCCGAGAAGCUCAAAAAUCAGGAUUCAUUAGACCAGAGUCUCAUCGAUAGUGAUAGUGAGAUAGAAAUUAUUUGA